GACGGGCUUUUUGGUAAAAGCGCUCUUGUAUGGUUUCGCAAUCACAGCUCCUAGACGCUGGCGGUGGUAAUCGCAGCAGCAGUACCGGAGCUUGGGUAGUGGGCGACGAGAUCAUCAUGCACGGCUUCUUCCAUGCUAACCGUUGUCCAGGAAGAAAUAUUCACAGCAGCUCGGCCUUACGCUUCAUACAAAGUAAACGAAUAGGCGAUUCCCAAACCAGAUUGAACAGAAAGGCAAGUCGAUCUCUACUGAGGCCAGAAAGAGGUGCCAACAAGAAAAACUCAUCUCCCAUUUCGGAUGCAGAGGUUGUGAGAUGGAACAAGUCCAUCAGCGAGCACAUGCGCAACGGCCGCUGCGACUUUGCUCUCCAUCUCUUCCAGACCAUGCCCCACCGAACGUCUGUCUCUUGGAACGCCAUGAUUUCUGGCUACAUCAUGAACAACAGAUUCGACCUUGCACGUCAAUUCUUCGAUAGGGCACCCAAUAGAGACCUUGUUUCUUGGAACGUAAUGCUCCAUGGAUAUGUUCGGAAUCGUAACUUCAGUGCUGCUCGUGCACUGUUUGAUAUGAUGCCUAAACGAGAUGUUGUAUCAUGGAAUACUAUGUUAUCGGGUUAUGCUCAGGGUGGCUAUGUUGACGAAGCUAGGGAGAUCUUCGAUCGGAUACCGGACAAGAAUUCUAUAUCGUGGAAUGGGAUACUUGCUACCUAUAUACAUAAUGGACGGAUUGAGUCUGCUCGUCAGCUCUUUGACUCCAAAUCAGAUUGGGAGAUAGUUUCUUGGAAUUCAAUGAUGGCAGGGUAUCUGCGGAAGAAGAGAUUGGUUGAUGCUCGAUGCUUUUUUGAUAGAAUUCCCAAGAGAGAUGAAGUUUCUUGGAAUACCAUGAUCACUGGUUAUGCCCAAAAUGGAGAAUUACUGGAAGCACAGAAGUUGUUUGAAGAAUCUCCGAUCCGGGAUGUGUUUACAUGGACGGCUAUGGUGUCUGGGUAUGUGCAGAAUGGGAUGUUGAUGGAAGCCAGAAGAAUCUUUGAUGAAAUGCCUGAGAAGAACUCUGUUUCAUGGAAUGCAAUGAUUGUGGGUUACUCGCAGUCUAGGAGAAUGGACCUGGCAAGGGAAUUGUUUGAUGCAAUGCCUUGCCGGAAUAUUUCUUCUUGGAAUACUAUGAUUACUGGAUAUGCACAGAAUGGAGAAAUUGAUCAUGCUCGGAGUCUGUUUGAUGAGAUGCCUCAUCGAGACUCCAUCUCAUGGGCAGCUAUUAUUGCUGGAUAUGCUCAGAGUGGUCAUAGUGAAGAGGCUCUGUGCCUUUUUCUAGAAAUGAAGAGAGAUGGAGAAAGAAUGAAUAGAUCUACAUUUACCUGUGCCCUGAGCACUUGUGCAGAUAUUGCAGCCCUGGAGUUGGGGAUGCAAGUGCAUGGACAGCUUGUCAAGGCGGGAUAUGAGACAGGUUGCUAUGUGGGGAAUGCACUUCUUGCCAUGUAUUGCAAAUGUGGGAGCAUAGAUGAAGCAUACGAUGUGUUCAUAGAGAUGCCACACAAGGAUGUGGUCACAUGGAACACAAUGAUCACUGGUUAUGCCAAGCAUGGUUAUGGUAGGGAAGCUCUGAAGGUUUUUGAAUCAAUGACGAUGACGGGUAUUAGACCGGAUGAUGUCACCAUGGUUAGUGUUUUGUCAGCAUGUAGUCAUACUGGCUUAGUUAAUAAAGGCACAGAGUACUUUUAUUCUAUGGAAAAGAAAUAUGGUAUAACAGCUAAGGUACAACACUAUACUUGCAUGAUAGAUCUUUUAGGCCGAGCAGGACGAUUGGAAGAUGCUCAAUUACUCUUGAAGAACAUGCCUUUUGAACCAGAUGGAGCAACAUGGGGUGCUUUACUUGGUGCAAGUAGGAUUCAUGGCGAUACCAAAUUAGGUGAGGAGGCUGCCAAGAGGAUUUUUGAGUUGGAGCCUGAUAAUUCAGGGAUGUAUGUUCUCCUUUCAAAUUUAUAUGCAGCUUCUGGUAGAUGGAAUGAUGUUGGUAAGAUGAGAUUGAUUAUGAGAGAUAGCGGUGUGAGGAAGGUUCCUGGAUAUAGCUGGAUCGAGGUUCAGAACAAAGUUCACACAUUCUCGGUUGGAGAUUCGGUACAUCCUGACAAAGACAAAAUAUAUGAUUUCCUAGAGGAAUUGGAUCUGCAGAUGAAGAGGGAUGGUUAUGUUUCCAAAACAAAAAUGGUGUUACAUGAUGUGGACGAGGAGGAGAAGGAGCACAUGCUUAAGUAUCACAGUGAAAAGCUAGCUGUGGCAUUCGGAAUUCUGACUGUACCACCAGGGAGACCAAUCCGGGUGAUCAAGAAUCUACGGGUAUGCGAAGAUUGCCACUCUGCAAUAAAACAUAUAUCCAAGAUUGUGAGAAGGUUGAUAAUCUUAAGAGAUUCUAACCGCUUUCACCAUUUUAAUAAUGGUAACUGUUCAUGUGGGGAUUAUUGGUGAAACCAAAAGCAAAGCUGGUGCUAGCGAUUGUGCAAGGAUCGUAGUUGUUGAACCAUUGAUUAAAGCUGCACGUAUUUGCAGCCAGACGGAUGGUGUGGUGUGCGUAUUAUUUUUUACUUCUUGAAUGAAGUGACCACAGUGAGCAGCUAUUACUGGCUCUGAGACCAUGAAGAA